GCCACAACGCCCUUUCAAUCCCAUCACAUCCCUCUCCCUAGAAUCCUCAUCCAACCUCUAAUUUGCACACACAUUUUCUACUACUGCACAGAAAAAAUGACUACGUAUAUCCCCUCCCUCACAUUGCCUUCGGCCGUGUUCGAGAAUCCGGCCUCCUCGAUUCUCCUCCCCAUUGCACUGGGCACUGCCGUUGGCUUCGGCACCCGACCUUCCAAGACGCAAAAGACAUAUCUAGCCUUGAAGCAACCUCCUUUAAAUCCCCCACCAUGGGUGUUCGGGCCCGUCUGGACAGCCCUUUACGGACUCAUGGGAUAUGCCGCCUACCGCGCCACUAGCAUCGGCCUCGCCCCAUUGUCCACGCCACAGACCAUCCAGACAACAAAGCAUAGCAUGACCAUUUACACCGUCCAACUUGGCCUUAAUCUCGCCUGGAUGCCGCUCUUCUUCGUCGCCAAGCGCCCAGUUGAAGCUACCGUUGAUAUCGUUGCCCUGCUGGGCCUCAAUGGCUAUCUGGCCUAUCUGUGGGGAUCCGUGGAUUCUCUUACGGGCUGGUGCCAGGCUCCUUACUUGGCAUGGCUGAGCUUUGCGACAUACUUGAGUUAUGGAGCGGGAUACCUGAACGAUUGGAAUCUGGAAGACGCAGAGACUGCCAUAGAGGACGAGAAGCAGUAAAGCCAACUUGAAAAGGUUGGCAGCCAGACAGUUAAUCUUAGUUGUCAUAUCACGAUACCAUAUGGAAUCACGGUAGAUAGCUGUAAUUGCAAAUAGCAGCGAUAUUCACAUUAUCUAUCGCUAGAUCAACUGCCAGUAAUGUCUAUCACGACUCCU